AAAAAAAAAAAAAAAAUGCCAGGUUCCCAGGCCCGCGUGCAGCAUCCCCGUCUCGUUACGCCCAUCUCCUCCUCCAACCAGACGGACGGGACCAGCCUCUGUUUGCCGCCGGUCAGACUUGAACGUUGCUCAUUUGUAGAUCGACUGUCCUUCUCGCCCACCAUGUCCUUUGCGUCCAUUGUCAUGACGGUGCUUCUGGGCACUUCAGUCGUGAUUGCAUUUGUCUUGCGUUCAUCCAACGAAGAUCCUGCGGCCUCUGCCAAUAUGAUUUCCCGCCACGGGUGCCAGGGUGAGUCAUGGCUGUCCGUCAGGAAGGAUCUCCUCAAGGCUCUCAACAUGCAGACCGAGCCGCGGCUUCCUGCCGGUGGGCUGGCCGGCGUCAGAGACCAGUGGAAGAGAACCUCGAGCGCAAUUUUUCACAGAGCCAGCGAACUUCCGGCUGCCUCUGAGUCUCCUGACAGCGGAAACAAAACAAGCCUGAAAUGCUGUUCCGUGGCCACAGAGAUCUUCAUGAAAGAUCUGGGCUGGGACAGCUGGGUGAUCCAUCCUUUGAGUCUAACUAUCGUUCAGUGUGCGAUCUGCAACUCUGCUGUGAACACUGUGCAGUGUCCGCCCUCCCACUCCAAUGACCAGGAUGCUAACUUGCAGGACCAGGUGCCGUGUUGUCAGCCCACCUCCCGGGAAAUGGUGCCCAUUGUCUACAUGGAUGAAUCCAGCUCCACUGUCAUCUCCUCCGUGCAGCUGACCCGCAGAUGUGGCUGCGCACCUGCCGACACCCAGCAGCCCAGUGAAGAGUAGGUCGUCUGAGAGGCUCGAGUGUGUGCGUUGUACUUACAGACACCAAAUGAAAAACAUAAAAAACAUCACAUGCAAGUUUGUAGGUUGUCGCUUUAUUUUAGAUUUUUACAGCGUGUAUUCAGCUCUCAUUGGGGGAACCAAAGAUAUGCUUUCCUUUCACUCUUAUUUUUGAAAUAAUACAAAAGUAAAUAGCCAGACAACGGGGGAAAAAAAUCCCCAAGCUCUGCCAAUACAGUCUACAUAUAUGUGUUUAAUCUCUGUAGGUAAAUCCACGUAUACUUCUUGCACCAAGCAGUGGAAAUAACGAAGUAAGUACAGCUGACACGUGGCUAAAAAUGCUGCCGUUUUAUCCUUCUUUAAAUCUCAUGCGGCGUAUUUAUAGUGGCUAACUGAGUAUUCCCUCCAAAAAACUGCUGAGAGCCAAAUCCAAGCAUAAGCCAGUCUCUAAUCUGAGCAGGCAAACUGAGGUCAGAUAGCUGGGGUCCUACAUUGUGUGUAGACUCGCUGUUCUGAGGGGUAAAAGUUGUUUGCGGGAGGAGCGGUUAGGCGAAGACCAAGCUUGGUGUCAGUUUCUUUUCCAACAUCUGUACCAAACGGCACUAAUGCAUUAUGUUGUACAAAUAACUAAGCCCAACCACUAUGAGCUUUAAAAAUGAAUCAAUUCAUAAUAAAUCAAAAGAAGUCAUUGCACCGUUGCUGCUUUCACCGGGGAAAGAAGGAAUAUAAUUUACGAUCCAAGUGAAUGCAAAAUAUUAUUGAAUUUAUUUUGUUGUGUUGUGAGAAUACAGAACAUUGAGUUUGGUUCACGAAAUACAAUUAGAGUGCUUUUACAUUCAUUUACUGGCAGGAGAAGUAAAUAAUGUUCUGCUGGGAAAUUUUUGGACUGCUUAGACAUGUACCACCCACUUAGACCAGACCAGGCGCCCCUCAGCUCAUAGCCUUAAAGGCAGCAUCCAGCAGGAUGAUUCACAAAUUCACUAGAUCCCAAACUGAUCAAGUAUCUGUGGGAAGAUCCACAGAGAUCCCUCCCCUCAACCUAUAGCACCCAAAGGCCAUCAGCCAUUAACAACAUCCUGUUGCCAGACGCCACAGUGCACCCUCAAAUGGUGGUCAUAAUGUUAUGCCUGAUCGUGUAUAUGCUGUGUCAGUUCUCAUUUGUGACUGUUUUAUCUUUGUCGUGCAUUUUGUGUUGAUUGUUUUGUUAAUACCUCACGGUUUACUAUUCACAAGUGUCUUAUAUCUUAUCACAGUUUCCAUCGUAUCAAGUUUAAUUCAUGUGCUUUACCAUCAUAGUAAUUACUCUACGAUAUUUGAAUAAAGGUGAUUAAAAAUCUA